AUGGUCGCGUCAUUCGAAACACUAGGAGCCUCACUAGUGGCACUCGCGGGAGUACCAGUAGGAGUCGACAUCAAGUGGAGCUGGGCGGGUGUGGGUGACAAUGUGUUUGGGAGGCUGGCAGUGGCACCACGUGGUGCUGGCAGUGGCGCCACGUGGUGCUGGCAGUGGCGCCACGUGGUGCUGGCAGUGGCGCCACGUGGUGCUGGCAGUGGUGCCACGUGGUGCUGGCAGUGGCGCCACGUGGUGCUGGCAGUGGCGCCACGUGGUGCUGGCAGUGGCGCCACGUGGUGCUGGCAGUGGCGCCACGUGGUGCUGGCAGUGGCGCCACGUGGUGCUGGCAGUGGCACACAUGGUGCUGCUGGCACAGGAGGCGCUGCUAUUGCAUCACUUUCAGCGUCACUCACUCAUGCUACCAAUCCCUCUCUCUCACUCACCACACCCUCCCGUCUCGCUGGUACAUGGUAUGGCAUGGUAUGGUGUGGUAUGGCGUGUUAUGGUGUGGUGUGGCGUGGUAUGGUGUGGUAUGGCGUGGUGCAUGGGGAGGAGGGGCAGAGGCGCAUGAGGGAGGCGGGGCAGUUGGCAGCACGAGUCAGAGACCACGCCGGCACACUUGUGAAGCCCGGAGUCACAACAGACGAAAUAGACCGUGCAGUGCAUGAGAUGAUCAUAGAGGCGGGAGCAUACCCCUCGCCGCUCAACUACGCAGGCUUCCCCAAGUCUGUGUGCACAUCUGUCAACGAGUGCAUCUGCCACGGCAUCCCCGACUCGCGGCCGCUAGAGGAUGGGGACAUAAUCAACAUCGACGUCACAGUGUACCUCAACGCCCCACCCUCCACUGUGUACCUUGGCUGGCUCGCUAAACUUUCUUUUCCUCUUCUUAUUUUGUUCGUGCUUCUGUGCUGCAAUGAGGCCACCCCACCACCCCACCCCACCAGGAUGGGGACAUAA